CAGUUUCCUGCUCCCAUCUUCUGGGACAUGUCUGCAGUCUCUGGUCACCUCCUGUACUGUGUCUGCAUUCUCUGGUCAUUUCCUUUACUAUGUCUGCAAUCUCUGGUCAUCUGUACUUUCUCCACAGUCUCUGGUCAUUCCCUGUAGUAUGUCUGCAGUCUCUGGUCAUUCCCUGUACUAUGUCUGCAGUCUCUGGUCAUCUCCUGUACUGUGUCCGCAGUCUCUGGUCAUCUCCUGUAUUGUGUCCGCAGUCUCUGGUCAUCUCCUGUACUAUGUCUGCAGUCCAUUGGUUCAGAAUAUUUUUUUUCUUGUUUUCCUCCUAUAAAACCUAGGUGCAUCUUAUGGUCAGGUGUGUCUUAUG